AUGUACGCCAGGUGUCUCCUCGUGUGCGUCUGCGCCGUCCUCGUCUCGGCCGGCCUGUCCGCAGCAAGUAUCCAGAAGCGCUCGUUUAGCGUCGAGCGAAGGGCGAACCCGCACUUCACCGGCCGAAAUGGACCCCGGGCGCUCGUCAGGGCGUACAGAAAGUUCCUCGUGCCGGUGCCCCAGGGCCUGCUGGAUGCCGCCGAGGCCCAGGACCUGAGGCACGCCGAGGCGCGGGCGAAGAGGAGCCCGAAGACCGAGAGCUUCGGGCCUGUCAAGCUGAGGCGGCCACACGGGAAGGGGCUUUUGGACAAUGUCCUGGAAUCGCUGGGCGUCGAGGGCGAGGGGGGGAUUGGCGGAAACGCAGGCCAGGGCCAGGGCCAGGGCCAGGAGCCGUCGCCAGGACGGGGUCGAGGAGACGGCAAUGGAGGCGGCAACGGAGGCAGUCAGCAGGGGCAUCCGAGCUGUCAUGAUGGCAACAACAACGGGAAUGCAAGCAGCGCCGCUCCCCCACCGUCCUACACCAACGGCACGAGCCAGCAAGGGAGAACGGAGGCCAGACCUGCCAACAAAAACGCCGAGUACGUGUCGCCGGUCCAGAUCGGCGGCCAGACGGUGAACCUCGACUUUGACACGGGCUCGUCGGACCUGUGGGUGUUCAGCACGUCCCUCGGUCCGCAACUUGGCCGGGGCCACAACGUCUACGACCCGAGCAAGAGCGCGACGGCGCGGGCGAUGCCGGGCGCGAGCUUCCAGAUCAGGUACGGCGACGGCUCCGGGGCCAAGGGCAACAUCACCCAGGACCGCGUCACCGUCGGCGGCGUCUCGGUCGAGAAACAGGCCGUCGGCGUACCCAGCGACGUCUCCCAGUCCUUCGUCGACGACGUCGCCAACGACGGCCUCCUGGGCCUCGCCUUUCCCGAGCUCAACACGGCCACGCCCGAGAGGCAGAACACCUUUUUCGAAAACAUCAAGAGCUCGCUCCCCGAGCCCAUCCUCUCGGCCGAUCUGCGCAGGGGCGCCGCCGGCUCCUACACCUUUGGGCGCGUCGACCCGGCCAGGUUCCGCGGCAACCUGGCCCAGGUCAAGGUCGACAGCGCCGACGGGUUCUGGAAGUUCCCCAGCGACCGAUUCAUCAUCGGCGACGGCCAGGUCCAGACCAGCAAGCCCGGCGCCCAGGCCAUCGCCGACACGGGCACCUCGCUCAUGCUGGGCGACGCCACCAUGGUCAGGGCCUACUACCAGCAGGUCCAGGGUGCGCGGCUGAAUGCCCAGAUGGGCGGCUUCACGGUCCCCUGCGAUGCCAAGAUGCCCAACCUGACCGUCGCCAUGGGCGACGACGUCAUGGCCACGGUCCAGGGCGAGAACUUCAUCUUUGCCAACAUCACCGAGGCCGAGUGCUUUGGCGGCCUGCAGGUCGGCCCCCCCAAGCUCCAGAUCUACGGCGACGUCUUCUUCCAGUCCAUGUACGUUGUGUUCAACGCCGGCAACAUCAGCUUGGGCGUGGCUCCCCACGCGUAG